CCUCUUUUGGAUUCAAAAAGGUCCCAUCUUCUUUGGAUGAAGCUUUGUAUGUCCCACCCAGAGCUCUGUUAUUUUUGACGGUGCUCCAUGAUUUGGUUCCCAAAGUCAAGUGUCCUCUCCCUUCUGUUUUUAUCAACCUGCACAGCUGCACCUGUACUUUGAGUUAGACUAUUCCAAAUGGUCUUGGACUUCCUGGUGCAGCUCCACAGUUCUUUCUGCCAUCCUUAUUGUUUCCUGGUUAAUCUUGACAUUACAUGGCAAAUCAGUAAGGUCUACGGUUAAUCUAGGGAGCUUGGUAAAAACAAUUCAAAAUGGAACUUCCCUGUGAACCAACCGAUAGCACAUAUGAUAUUUCCGGGUGAAAGCAACUCUUCAUAGAAGCUGUUCAACAUGGGACUAUGGAGGGUUUUUAUAGGCUAGUCUCUUAUUUUCAAACACAAUCAGAGCCUGCCUAUUGUGGUCUGGCUAGCCUAUCAAUGGUAUUGAAUGCCCUUUCCAUUGAUCCAGGAAGAAAAUGGAAAGGGCCUUGGAGAUGGUUUGAUGAAUCUAUGUUGGAUUGUUGUGAACCAUUGGAAAAGGUCAAAGCUAGAGGUAUCUCGCUGGGAAAACUUGUGUGUUUGGCUAAUUGUGCUGGAGCGAAAGUCCAAGCCUUCCAAACAAAUGAAAGUACCAUUGAUGAUUUUCGCAAAUACCUACAUAGAUGCUCCAUUUCUGAUGAUUGCCACAUCAUUUCAUCUUAUCAUAGAGCAGCAUUUAAACAGACAGGAACUGGUCAUUUUUCGCCUAUUGGUGGGUAUCAUGUUGGGCAGGACAUGGCACUUAUCUUGGAUGUUGCACGCUUUAAGUAUCCUCCUCAUUGGGUUCCAGUUGAACUUCUUUGGAAAGCUAUGGAGCACGUUGAUGAAGCAACGGGACAGCAUAGAGGGUUCAUGCUUGUAUCCAGGCCGCACAUGGAGCCAGGAUUGCUCUAUACUCUGAGCUGUAAACAUGAGGACUGGGUUAACAUAGCGAAGUACUUAAUGGAUGGCGUUCCUCUUCUCUUGAAGUCAAAGGACCUUAAAGACACACAGGAUGUUUUAACUGUUAUUUUCACAUCACUGCCUCUAAAUUAUAGUGAUUUUAUCAAGUGGGUUGCUGAGGUCCGAAGGACAGAGGAUAGUGGUCAAAGUUUAAGCCCAGAGGAGAAAGCAAGACUUGCUCUGAAGGAAGAGGUGUUGAAACAGGUACAGGAGACGGACCUUUUCAAACAGGUAGGAGAGUUUCUUUCUCGAGAAGGUUCAUGUUGCAAGAUGCUUACACCAUCUCAUGAGAACAAUUUGCCUGAGAUUGCUGCGAGUGUAUGUUGCCAAGGAGCAGAAAUAUUGAAUGGGAAUACAGGCGUCUCAGCUGGUUAUUGCUGUCGUGAAACAUGUGUGAGAUGCUUCAGUGCUAAUGGCGACAAGCCUGUUACAGUUGUAUGCGGAAUGGUUGUCAGUGGCAACAAUGAACAGGAGUUUGACAUGUUGGUCCCAUCAUCAUCACAUGUAAGAUCUGGAUGCUGCUUUUCUGGCAUGAAAAAUGAAAUGGGGAGUCAUCCAGCAGCCAGUGAUUUGUUAACAACACUUCUUCUUGCCUUGCCUGCCAAAACCUGGAUUGGUAUAAAAGAAGAGAAGGUUUUGCGGGAAAUACAAAAACUUGUUUGCACGGAAAGUCUUCCCACCUUGCUUCAAGAAGAGGUGUUGCACUUGCGGCGACAACUCGGUCUUCUUCAAAAAUAUCACGAGGACAAGGUCGAUCUGGAUCUUAGUGCACUUCCUUCAUCUUAAUGUAUUUACAACACAGUCUACAAAAAAAUCAUUCUGGAGAGUUGAAUUCAUUUAUAGCAGGUAUCAUGUCGAAGUGUUUAUCAAGAUACGACAACCUUUGUAACAAUUAUAGUUGAAGACUGAAGUAGCCAUUCGUUUAUGAUAUGCUCCAUCAGUUGGUAGGCGAUGCCUAAAUAUUGCACAAGAUUUUGGUGUGUUCGUCCAAGUGAAUUACUGUCAUAUGGGGUUCAAUUUUGGCCACGAAGCUUGGCAGAUAUUAAUAAUUCUUUUUUUAUAGAAUAUUUUUCUUGUGUAUAAAGUAAAUUAGUUUACCAAAGUGAAGUCAGGUUCAAAUUUUUAUACCCCAUUUGUUAGAAGGGAAAAGGUAAACUAGUUUUUUUCAUUGAGAUCGAGGUUCUUGUGAGUUUGUGACCACAUUACAAAUAAGUUUAGAGCUUUAGGGUAUGAGUUGGUUAGUGAUCUAAAAGCUAGAGAUUCAAUUAAAAUUCAUGGGUGUUGUUGCAUUUGUUAGUAGAUUUAGAAACUUAGAUCUUAAUUUAAUUAGUUGUAAAAAAUGUGUUUGAUAAUGUAGUUAUAAACUACUAACAUAGCAAUAGAAUAUUUUUUCCAAUA